AUGCUCAAUACUCAAGAGAAAGGUACCUGGGUUCAGCUGAAGCGCCAGCCUGCUCCACCCAGAGAAGUACACUUUGUGAGAACCAAUGGAGAGGAGCCCGAGCUGCUGGAACCUAUUCCCUAUGAGUUCCUGUGUAUGUACAACUCCACUUUUAUGUUUUACAUCUAUAGAUGGGCAGAGAAGUUAGAUCGGUUAACCAGCACAGCGACAAAAGAUCCAGAAGGAUUUGUUGGGCAUCCUGUAAAUGCUUUCAAGUUAAUGAAACGUCUGAACACUGAGUGGAGUGAGUUGGAGAAUCUGGUCCUUAAGGAUAUGUCAGAUGGGUUUAUCUCUAAUCUAACCAUUCAGAGACAAUACUUCCCUAAUGAUGAAGAUCAGGUUGGGGCAGCCAAAGCUCUGUUGCGUCUCCAGGACACCUACAAUUUGGAUACAGAUACCAUCUCAAAGGGUAAUCUUCCAGGAGUAAAAGACAAAUCUUUUCUAACGGCUGAGGACUGCUUUGAGUUGGGCAAAGUAGCCUAUACAGAAGCAGAUUAUUACCAUACAGAACUGUGGAUGGAACAAGCACUAAGGCAACUUGAUGAAGGCGAGGUUUCUACCAUAGAUAAAGUCUCUGUCCUAGACUAUUUGAGCUAUGCAGUAUACCAGCAGGGAGACCUGGAUAAGGCACUUUUGCUCACAAAGAAGCUUCUUGAUCUAGAUCCUGAACAUCAGAGAGCUAAUGGUAACUUAAAAUAUUUUGAGUAUAUAAUGGCUAAAGAAAAAGAUGUCAAUAAGUCUGCUUCAGAUGACCCGUCUGAUCAGAAAACCACACCAAAGAAAAAAGGGGUUGCUGUGGAUUACCUGCCAGAGAGACAGAAGUACGAAAUGCUGUGCCGUGGGGAGGGUAUCAAAAUGACUCCACGGAGACAAAAAAAACUCUUUUGCCGCUACCAUGAUGGAAACCGGAAUCCCAAAUUUAUUCUGGCUCCAGCCAAACAGGAGGAUGAGUGGGACAAGCCUCGCAUUGUUCGCUUCCAUGAUAUUAUUUCUGAUGCAGAAAUUGAAAUUGUCAAAGACCUAGCAAAACCAAGGCUGAGCCGAGCUACAGUACAUGACCCUGAGACUGGAAAAUUGACCACAGCACAGUACAGAGUAUCUAAGAGUGCCUGGCUCUCUGGCUAUGAAAACCCUGUGGUGUCUCGAAUUAAUAUGAGAAUACAAGAUCUAACUGGACUAGAUGUUUCCACAGCAGAGGAAUUACAGGUAGCAAAUUAUGGAGUUGGGGGACAGUACGAACCUCAUUUUGACUUUGCACGGAAAGAUGAGCCAGAUGCUUUCAAAGAGCUGGGGACAGGAAAUAGAAUUGCUACAUGGCUGUUUUAUAUGAGUGAUGUGUCUGCAGGAGGAGCCACUGUCUUUCCUGAAGUAGGAGCAAGUGUUUGGCCAAAAAAAGGAACUGCUGUUUUCUGGUAUAAUCUGUUUGCCAGUGGAGAAGGAGAUUAUAGUACACGGCAUGCAGCCUGUCCGGUGCUAGUCGGAAACAAAUGGGUAUCCAAUAAAUGGCUCCAUGAACGUGGACAAGAAUUUCGAAGGCCAUGCACCUUGUCAGAAUUGGAAUGACAAACAGGCUUCCCUUCUUCUCUUGUUGUACUCUAAUGUGUCUGAUACACACAUUUCCUAGUCUUAACUUCCAAGAGUUUACAAUUGACUAACACUCCAUGAUUGAUUCAGUCAUGAACCUCAUCCCAUGUUUCAUCUGUGGACAAUCACUUUGUGGGUUUUUUUCCUUUUAAAAGUAACACUAAAUCACAUUAUAAAACCUUAAAGUUCAGUUGGUAUCACAGAAGACAAGGCAGAGUUUAAAAUGAGGAAUUUUUGUGUUAAAGAACUCUUUGGUUGGAUAAAAAAUAUAAUUUAAGCAUCCAGUUUUAGUAUUUUACUACAUCUCGGUUGGUGGUAGGCUAGAAUGGGCCAUGUGAUAGGAAACACAUGCCUUACAGCAUAUAUCUAGGUAUUAUGUUUACCUAGCCUUACUCUGUUUAUUUUCUGGAUCUGCCUGAUAAUUUAGGACUCUAAUCUGGGUUCCCUACAAUGUUUACUCUUUCCAUACGAUAUUCUAAGUUGAUUUUUUU